AUGGAGAGAGUGAGGGGAUAUUUGGAUCAGAGAUAUUGCUCAUGGAAGACCAUCCUAAGUAUGAUGUUCUUAUUGACUUUUCUCUUUAUAGGACUGUAUUAUAGUGAAAAUCUGAAAAGCUCAGAAUUACCUAACAUACCAAGACAAUUAUAUGAACUAUUUGCCGAUUAUGGAUCUAAAUUCUACAAUUACCAGGCCAGAAUUCGUAUGGCUAAAAGUAAAAUGGAACUUCUAAGGAAGGGAAAGUACUAUUUGGAAAAGAAUUCCCGAGAAAUUCUGUCCCUGACUAAACAGAUAGAAAUCAUGAAGGCUGUACUUAACGAUUUAAAGAACAAACUGGACAACUACAUUGUGAAUAUUUAUGAAGAUCCCUUUGGAACGCAGGAUGAUUCAGAUAUUCCUGAUGAGGAAAUAAUGACCUUGGUGAAUUAUAUCCUUAAAAGGAUAAAGGAGGAUCAAAUCAAGAUGGCUGACUAUGCCCUCAAAUCUGCAGGUGCCUCCAUUAUUGAAACAGGAACAUCUGAGAAUUACAAAAAUGAUAAAGCAAAGCUAUAUUGGCGCGGGAUAGGAUUCUUAAGUUAUGAAAUGCCUCCUGAUGUUAUUCUUCAGCCUGAUGUCCAUCCUGGGAAGUGCUGGGCAUUUCCAGGUUCUAAGGGUCAUACUGUCAUCAGACUUGCCAGGAAGAUCAAACCAACAGCAGUUACCAUGGAGCACAUCUCAGAGAAGAUUUCUCCCUCAGGAAAUACCCACAGUGCUCCCAAGGACUUUUCUGUUUAUGGACUCAAAGACGAUUGUGAAGGAGAAGAAAUCUUUCUAGGUCAUUUUACAUAUAACCAAAAGGGGACCACUGUUCAAACAUUUAAGCUACAGGAUGGAGUUUCAGAAUCCUUACCAUGUGUGAAACUGAAAAUUCUGAAUAAUUGGGGUCAUCCCAAAUAUACAUGCUUAUAUCGAUUCAGAGUCCAUGGCAAGCCAGAAGAUGAUGGCUUAGGAGAGGCUAUUAACAAAAGCAAGGGACUGACUUCGCACAAUCUCGCAAGACAGAAGCUAGAUCGGCUGGCGCAAGCGCAGUGGCACCGCUUUGGGGUCAAAGGGCGGGAAGCCUCUGGACUCCAGUGUCGCCUUGGCAACCGGCGGAACCCAGAGCUAGGCGCGCGCUUCCGGUGCGGGAAGCCGAGUCGGAGCGGAAAGGGGCCCGCCGCAGUGUAG